AGGCCCGAGUUUACCUCUCUCAGAGGCCUUACCCUCAGGCUGCCUCCCGACGGCGAGGGGUCUCCGGGUCGGCGAGGUCUCCGAAUUGUCCGAGGAACCGUGCCCUGUGGCGAGCUCUUGCCCCUUUGUUGUGUUUGACCCCGCGCUCUAGCGCUGGAGGGGUUGCUUUGUGUUAGCCACACUUUACAGAUAGGUACGCCAAAGCGCAGAGAGGUGUCUUCGCCUCUCUGAAGGCCCUUGAGGAACAGGGACUCGAUGGCAGUGUUUCUGACGAUGUCGAGUGUUGGCCUCAACAUGUGCAUAAGGAAGCUUUUCCAGUCCUCACAUCUCCAGUGUGCUUGGAGGGUAGCCUUCCUGAAACACAUCCAGGGCAGGCACCAGCCAGCCAGGCGAUGGGCACAUUCUGGAGGCGGCACCUACAGAGCGGUGAUUUUUGACAUGGGUGGAGUUCUCAUUCCUUCUCCAGGGAGAGUGGCCGCAGAAUGGGAGCUACAAAAUCAUAUCCCUCCUGGAACUAUACGGAAGGCCUGGAUCUUAGGUGGCGAAAAUGGGCCCUGGAUGAAACUUACGAGGGGAGAGAUAACAACAGAGGAUUUCUUGCAAGAAUUUGGGAGACUUUGCUCUGACAUUGCGAAGACUUCUGUACCUGUGGCCUCCUUUUUCUCUCUGCUGACCAGUGAGCAAGCGGCACAGCAGUUCCCAGUGAUGACUGAGGCCAUAACUCAAAUUCGGGCAAAAGGCCUUCGGACUGCAGUCUUGAGCAAUAAUUUUUAUCUCGCCAACGGGAAAAGCUUUUUGCCCCUGGACCGGAAACAGUUUGAUGUGGUCGUGGAAUCCUGCCUAGAAGGUCUCUGUAAGCCAGACCCCAGGAUCUACAAGCUGUGCUUGGAGCGGCUCGGCCUGCAGCCUUCUGAGUCCAUUUUUCUGGACGAUCUUGAACUGAAUAUAAAAGCAGCCGCCAGCCUUGGCAUUCACACCAUUCAGGUUGAUGACCCAGAGACUGCCGUAAAGGAAUUAGAAACCCUUUUGGGCUUUACAUUGAGAAUGGUUAUUCCAAACACUAGCCCUGUGAGAAAGACAGUGGAGAUUCCACGAGAUUCCUUGGAGAAGUACCUCAAAGACUUACUGGGGACCCAAAGCACAGGCCCAUUGGAACUCCUCCAGUUUGAUCAUGGGCAGUCCAAUCCAACCUACUACAUCAGGCUCAGCAACCACCAGCUGGUUCUGAGGAGGAAACCCCCGGGGACACUCGUUCCAUCCAGCCAUGCAGUGGAGAGGGAGUUCAGGAUAAUGAAAGCCCUUGCCAAUGCUGGAGUGCCUGUCCCCAAAGUUCUUGGCCUCUGUGAAGAUUCAGGGGUCAUUGGCACUCCCUUCUAUGUGAUGGAAUACUGCCCAGGCCUCAUCUACAGAGACCCCUUUCUGCCAGGCUUGGAGCCCAGCCAGAGGCGGGCCAUAUACACUGCCAUGAACAGAGUCUUGUGCAAAAUUCACAGUGUGGACCUCAAGGCUGCAGGCCUAGAAGACUAUGGGAAACACGGGGACUAUAUUCCACGGCAGGUGCAAACCUGGAUUCAGCAGUAUCGAGCCUCAGAAACCAGCACCAUCCCCGCGAUGGAGAGGCUUAUCCAGUGGCUGCCCCACCAUCUUCCCAGGCGACAGAAUACGACGGUGGUGCAUGGGGACUUCAGGUUGGACAACCUGCUGUUCCAUCCAGAGAAGGCUGAGGUACUUGCUGUCCUUGACUGGGAGCUCUCUACCUUAGGUGACCCCCUUGCGGACGUGGCCUUCAGCUGCCUGGCUCACUACCUGCCAUCCAGUGUUCCCGGUUCCCUGCUGCGAGGGCAAGCAAGUUUGGCAGCCCCCGAACAAAAUGCAAAGCUGACUGAAUAUAUGUCCAACCUGGCCUGGGAUUUUGCAGUCAAAGAAGGGUUCCGGGUUUUCAAAGAGAUGCCAGCCACAAAACCACUAGUGAGGUCCUGCCACACUCAGCCUGGUCACAGCCCCUGCUGAGCACCCCCGGCGCGAGCAGUUACAUCGUCUUCGCAGACUCUUCCCCAGCUCAGGCCUCAAAGGGAGCUCUGGUUAUCUGUCCAGAGGGCCUUUCCCCACCACUCAGGGGGCUGUAUCUGUGACUGCAGCACCCCUCUGAGUCAGAGCUGUGGACUCACCAAGCCUCAGUGGGGACGCACCCCUUCCCUGCCGAUGGAACACCUCAACGGAGAGUCGGUAAGAUGUCAUCGACACGGCAGAACCUCAGCUCACUGACUGGACACAUCUGUUCCCCUCGGAGGCAGGGAAGAGAUGGGAGGGCCGAGGUGAAUUAUCUUUGCUUUCCAUCACUGUCGGGAAGAGCCAGCUCUAAGAUGCCUCAGUUUGCACUUCAUGGCUCUUUCUGUGAGACCGCGUCCUUGCCGGGUAACUCAGCCCCGGCCGAGGACCUGCCGCGUCUGUGGUUCGUGCCCCUGGAACACCUGGGCUCGUUAUUUUAUGCAUAUUUGUAUUAUGUAAACUUGAAGCCGUGUGAAAUAAAAUGCAUCAGUUCAUAAAGUC